AAACAAACGCCCCUCCCCGCGUUUCAUGUUUAUAUUUUUUGAGUUUCCCUCCCUUUUAUUCCGUCCUCUCUCUCUCUCAGACACACAGUAAAUCCCAAAGACGAACAAGAUCUCUGUUUUUCAUAGAUUCAGUGAAAAGAGGUUUUGGAAGUAGCUAUAUGAUUCUGAGCUCAAAAAACAGCAAUUGGGUCCUCAUUAAUCUUUCUUUUAAUGAGUGAAGAGACACUGUAAGAGCAGCGAGAAGAGGUGUCAAGGAUGGCAAAAUAUUAUGACAUUGAUGAUAUUAUCACGGAUGAAGAGAUCGUUGCAGUUAUAUUCCAAAAGGCAGCAUCUGGCGUGGGAAUUGAUCCCAGUUCUGAAACAGACUGUGUUGAAGUGGGUUCCAAGGUAGAGCUUCCAUUCUGGCUUGCUCAUGAGUUACAACAGAGACAAGCAGUAUCAAUGAAUAUUCCCACUAGUUUCAACCAAAACACAAGGCUGGAAAUCCAGGCUGAUUCUGCAUGUGUGGAUCUGAGAUCUCGAUGUCCAUACUUUUAUGAAUUUGGAUGCAAGAUAGCACCACUGGUUGGUGCUAGAAAUAUUGGACCUUUGCUCUUAUCUGCAUUUAAGAGCAGGUACAAGGAAGUCCUCACCAAGGCACACACUGCAGCAUUUACAGCAGCUUCCAAAAACUUGACAAUUUUGACAAAAGAAGAAACCAAUUUGUACGAGGCAGCUCAAUCCUCUAUGGCAGCAUUUAAGAAGUGGCGGAUGGGUGGCCCCAGGUUUCAGAAAGCUUCCAUUCUUGGAAGGAAGAGAAAAUCAACCGAGUAGCUGCUAUCUCUCACUUUAUGAUUAAUCUCCAUCACAAAGAGGGUCUUGUCUGUAAGUGUAUGACAUUGGUGCUAAAUGUCUGUUUACAAAAAAGGGAGAUAAUGUUAGAUACUAAAUAUUGAUUCAGAUAGAGGCCUCAAUCUAUCAAGUUUCGUUUUAGGUCUUAAUUUCUGAUCUAAGCUUCAUAAAAACAAUCAUAAACAGUUAAGCAAUACUUCAUUGAUUAACCAAAGGGCCUGAAGAAUUGUUUAGACAAUUUGAUAGUUCUAAUCAAAAGUGGAAAAUAAUUAUGUAUCUGUUACUAUGGGAAUUUUAGAUCUUGGAAAUGUAUUUGAUCUCCUUUGGCUCUUGUUUGUA